UUCAUACAUACACAAUGUCCACCAAAUACAAUUAUUCUUUUGUAAGCUUAAUUUCACAAAAUUAUACGAAAUUAAUUACUUAUUUGUAAGCUUAAUUUAAUUACGCAUUCAUAAAUUUUCACAAUGCUAAAAGUUCAAGAUAACAUCGAACUAAAAUCUCUCCCUGAGUCCAAAGUGAAGAAAAGGGCACCCAGAAAAUCGAAAAAGCUCGAGGGACGAAUUUUUAGGACAAACAUGCCCUGCGGUGUGUGCGGGGACAAAGCAAAAGCGCAAAAUUACGGCGGCAUUUCGUGCAAUUCUUGCCGGUCUUUUUUCCACUAUUACGUCCUCCACAAAGUCCCGGAUCCCACGUGCUUCCAACAUCUCGGGGGAAAUUGCAAAUUUGCAAAAAAAUGCGUAGUUGACAAACUUACGAGAAAAAAGUGCAAACCGUGUCGAUUCUUUAAAUGCGUCAGUAUCGGGAUGUCGCCCGCAUGGGUGUGGCGGCAAUACGAAAAAGCACAAGAAAUUAAGCAAAAAAACGAUCACGCAAAUGUUUUAUUUGACCAAAAGACCAAAAUAUUAAGUGAUGAGGAAACCCAAAAAAUUGAAAAUUUAUCCAAAUUUUAUCAAUCUGCGUGCGAAUUAAUUCCGUACACUUUUCUAACACGGGCAGAAAACGAAGUCUUGACCUGUACAAAAAUAUCUUUGAUCGAUAUUGGCCGAUUGUCUACGGCGAUUAGGAGGUUCGUCUGUUUUGCCAGAAUGCUGCCCGAAUUUGCGAAUCUAAGUUUGCACGAUCAAUCAAACUUAUUGAGGCGAUCAGUCCUGGAAAUGUUAUUUUUGCGAGCUUUGAUAACCUAUGACAUCGAAAACUGCAGGGUUGGUUCGUACACGGACAAAUUUCCUGAAAAAUUUCCCGUCCUCACGGAAGACGAAUUUAUCUCCGUAAUUCCGAAGCACGUGGCGGAAAUGUAUUUCAACCUGUACAAAAGGAUCCGAAGCAUAGCCCCGGACGAGACGAGCAUCAUGCUCCUCAUCCCACUCGCAUUGUUCUCGGACUCCGGUGGAAAUGAGAAUUGCACAGAUUUUGAUGACACACAUGCAAUAAAUUCGGCACAGGAAUUGUAUACUUCAUUAUUGGAGAAAUACUUAACCUCAACGCAAGGAAGGGCCAAGGGAAGGUUGCUCUUUCCCAGGUUACUCUCACAACUUGCCUCAAUCACGGAAAUCAGCCAUCUCCAUCAAGGCCUCCCCUUAAACAUGACGGACGAUCAAGUCGACAAAAUGCACCAACAUUUGCACCUCCUUCAAAUGAAAAGUGGUGAAAGACGUGUCAAUCAUGAACCACCUUUUCCCGGAAAUGGGACACCCUUCGUACAACAGCAAAGAGAAUGCUGUAAAAAAUUUGCCACCCUUGAAAAACCUGGGUUUCCAAAAACGGGUGGUUCGAAUUUCCCUGCUUCAACACCGGAAACUUUGCCCUUCUUGAUUCACACAUUUGUCAAUGUACCCGGUGAAUUUGGAAUUAGGCAAGAUUAUUACGAGAAGGGUGCGCACAUCGGCGUCGAAAAAGCUCUGAUGCGUCGAAUGCCACAACUUUUGGCGUGUCCAUGGGACUCUUUGGUCAACUCGGUGGAAAACCUGGUCAUUUCAGACGUUCCAACGUUUGCAAAAUGAUAAAUAUUUAAAUUCGUACAUACAACUUAUUUGAGUUUGCGUUAUUCUGGAUUUCGUACAUUUACAUAGUUUACUUAUGUACAUAUUAAUUUACUAAUUUAACUAAUUUAUUAAUUUACUUUAUCUGCAAAUGCGAUACAUAUACAUUUCGUCCAAGUAUAAAUUACGUAAAUUUAAGUCUAAUCAAUCUAUGUACAUAAUUCCAACACAAAUUUAUAUUUAUGUAGCAGGCUCACUCCUCCAAGGACACGAGCUAAAGCCUAAUGAAAUAUGUAUCGACUGUAAAUUUUCACAUUUGCGUAAAUGCCAAAAAAUUUGAUGAACGUUAUUCAAGCAAAUCGCAUGCAUCAUGCAAUUAA